AUGAACGACGCCGCGGAGGAUGAGUACGUGCGUCAGCGCUCGCCCGAACCCGAACCCGGCCCGAGCGCGAUGCACGUCGAAGACGACGCGAAGCAAAGCGCCGAAGCGACGACCGAGCGAGCAGAGAAACCCGUUCGACCGACCGAGACGCUCGUGAUCUCUCAAGACGACGCGCGAUUCCUUAUCGGGGCGCAAGGGAAGACGAAGAAAAAGCUCAUGAAAGUGUCGGGGGCGUCGAUCGAGAUCAGCGCGAUCGAGGGCGACGCGGAGGGGAAACAAAGGUUGGAGAUCGCAGCGGAGGAUGAAGCGAAACUGAAGUUCGCGCGGGAGUGCUGCGAGUGGGUCUUGCAGCAGCGGGUGGGGAAGAUCGUGGUGGACACGAGCGUGGAGAGGGAUUAUCUGAGCGCGAUUGAUGUGGAUCCGGAGUGCGUGGCGUACGUCACGGGAGCGCAAGGUAGCGGGUUGCGACGGAUCGAGGCGGAUUACGGAACGCUCAUGUUUUUCGCCACACGCUCGACACAUCCCGAGGACGAGGGUGAGAAAUUGAUUAUCGUCGGGUCGAGAAAGGGUAGAAGAGGUUCGGAGUUGAGCGUUAUGGCGGCGUGCGAGAGAAAGAAACCAGGGACGCACGUGAACGAAGAGACGAAGCUUAGGAAUCGUUUCGAGCAGCCGGGCGACGGACUGGGCGACGGUUGGGGUUUCGACGUUUUUCCUUUCGCGAACCAGGAUGAAUUAAGCUUUGCUAUUGGGCGCGGAGGAUCAACGCGUAAAAGGAUCGCAGCGGCUUCAGGAGCUGCGUUUGAGUACGUAGGUAUGCUAGGUGUCAUGGCUGGCGAUCGCGAUGAGCGUGCGAGGUGCUGGGACUACAUUAGAUGGGUUAUGAAGUCAGCCAAGGGAAACACCCCAGCGGACGUUGAGUACAAGGAUCGACAAGACGUCUCUGUUUUCCCAGUCAAGAGUGGAAAGGGCGGGGUCAAUCGCCUCAUUGGACGUGACGGCAAUAUGCUGAGAGACAUCGAGAACAUGAGUGGGACAGUUUGCAUGAAUAUUCCCGACCCCGAGAAUGAGGAAGGAGAGCUCAUGCUCAUCUUAAGCCACGACAAAAGAAAUCGAGACCGCGCACUCGACGCGAUGCAACAAGUUUUGGUGCACGGCCGCUUUGGACCUGGGCAGAGUGGUAGACGCGACGAUAGACGCGGCAACGAUCGACCGCGUGGUGGGAUUAACGCUCGCUUAGGCGGUAAGGAGCGGUGCUACGAUUUCACACAGGGGCGGUGCAGAUAUGGUGAUUCAUGUAGGUUCGCCCACAUCGUACCUGAUUACUCUAAUGACUACGGAGGAAACAACGGACGUGGCGGACCAAGUAGAGGCGCAAACGAUCGUCCGUCGCAUCCGAUGGACGGACCUUACGGCCGUCCGCAGGGCGGCAACUGGGGUGCUGGCUCGCGCAGAGGGAGAUAG